AUGAAUAAAAACGAGAGAAGAGUCCAAUUCCAUCCCAAGUGCACCGUAUUGGAAAUCAGUACUCUCGACGAAUACACUGAUGAAGAGAUCCUGAAGUGCUGGUACACCAAGCACGAGUUCAAACAGAUUGCUACGCGAAGCCAAAAGCAAGCUGCUAGAUGGGAGUCUGGUGAAUCAUCCAUGCCGGACUCCUUCCAUCGAGGGCUGGAAAUCUUCACAGAGGAAGGUGAAGAAAUCAUUACGUCUUGCAUUCAGCGAUGCAUUGAUGCUGUGAUGGACGAGCAAGCCGUGCAAUGGGAAAACGAAGUCGAUGACUAUGAUCGGUUGGCAGCUGUCUCUGCUAAAGUAUCAAGAGUCAGUGCCGUCUAUGCUUUGGACCUAGCCAUGGAAGAUGAACAAGAAGCACAAAGAAUGUACAUCCGCAUGGAAAAGAAGAACAAGAAGACGAAAAAGGUUAAACACUCUAGCCUUACCAAACCAGUAGAGGAAGAAGGAGAUGAUCACACUUCCAUGUGCUCUGAUCUAAGUCUUCCCGGGCUAGAAUGGCCCAGCUCAAGAGAAUCUCCAUCGUUUGAAACGAUGGAAAACAGUCUGGAUUUGGAACAAGUUGACCAGGGAACGGAUGCUAUCUUACCCAGACGCGUCAAGGCUCUCACGAUGCACAAUUCCCCGUGUCGUCCUCGCAAGGUAUACUGA